AUGAACGAUACGCCACGAAAUGAUAAUACGGAUUUUAAAAAUUCUAAAAAUGUUUAUAAUGAUAAAACAAGGUAUUGUUCCAAAAGUUUGUUUCAACGUACAUUGAAAAAUGGAGAGAUUCAACGCCGUGAGUGGUUAAUUUAUUUAGAAACUAAGGGUUCUGUAUUUUGUGUUCCAUGCUUACUAUUUGGUAGAAGUGUCGAAACGAAUGCUUUUACUGGUGAAGGAUUUCGUGAUUGGAAAAAAUCAAAAGCACGCCUUGAAGGUCAUGAAAAUUCUGAUUUUCACAAGACUAACGUUAGUUAUUUCAAAGCUCGAGCAGUAAUUCAGGGGCGUGUUGAUCAACGUCUAAUAAAACAGCUGGAUGAGGAAAUUACAUACUGGAAAAAAAUCUUAUACCGAGUAAUUGCAAUUAUUAAAUCACUAGCAAUAAGAGGAUUGCCAUUUCGAGGAAAUUCAGAACGAAUCGGAGAUCCCCAUAAUGGAAAUUUUUUAGGAACAUCUAAAAUUAAUGAAGUAUUACAACAAAUUUCUAGUGAGGUGCAAUCUGCUAAGUAUUUUGGUAUAAUUGUUGAUUCUACGCCUGAUAUUUCACAUGUCGAUCAGCUUACUAUAAUUAGAUAUGUACGUGAUAACGGUCAAAUUAUUGAAAGGUUUCUAGAAUUUAUACCAAAUAUCGGCCAUAAAGCUAAAGAUAUUGAGAAUGCUUUGUUGAAAUCUCUAGAAAAUAAUGGUUUGGACAUAAUGAACUAUCGUGGUCAAUCUUAUGAUAAUGUAAGUAAUAUGUCAGGUAUUUAUUCAGGCCUUCAGACAGGAAUCAAAACAAUUAAUCCUCUAGCAGAUUACGUUCCUUGUGCUGCUCAUUCUUUAAAUUUAGUAGGAUCAUGUGCGGUUGAAUCCGUCACAGAAGCAGUAGAUUUUUUUUCUACUUUGCAAGAACUAUAUAAUUUCUUCACUAUAUCCACCCAUCGUUGGGAAAUCUUGGUGCAGCGUACAAAUUUAAGAAUUAAGAGUCUUUCUCAAACUCGUUGGUCUGCUCGACAUGAUGCCUGCUACGCGUUAGAAAAAGAAUGGUCUGCAAUAAUUGAUGCACUGGAAUUUAUUGCUGAAAGCGAAGAUGAGAAACCGACUACAUGGUCUGAAGCUACGGGAUUGCAACGAAAGUUGCAGCAUUUAGAAACAGCAAUUCUAGUUAUCGUUUGGAAUUUAUUUAUUUAUUUAUUUACCAAAUUUUUAGACCCUGAAGCCUUAGCUCCCUAA